AUGUCCACGACUACACUGGCAGAUCUGCCAGUCGAGCUUUUGAAUCAAGUCGUCUCACACUGCCCAGCCACUUCGGUGGGACACCUGUCAAGGACAUCCACAUCCUUACACGAGUUUGCGGAAAAGGAAGGCUGGCGAACAUUUACGCAGACUCAUUUCCCGAAUCUGGGACCAUCGUCGUAUUGGCGGGAUGCUGCGCGCUCUUUGACGACCCUGUCGCGCAACUGGCAACGCCGGGCAUUUCUUGCAACAUAUCUUACACCUUCAGGCGAUGCCACUGCACUGCCCGCUGGACAAGCUAUCAAGAAAUGGAGGCGGCCGGCUGGUCAGACUAUGGGUUUUCAGCCUGCAGUCGAUAGUUAUGAACAGUUCACCGGCAGCCGUUGGGUAGACCGACGACAAGUCGUUGCAUGGAGUGCAGGCGCAGAGCUUGUGGUGCAAAGAUUGGACAAGUUCGAAAACAAUGGCACGCGAGUGCGGUGGUGGACUUACAAGCCACUGAGCAGCGUUGAAGGGCGCGACGACAUCACCAGUGUACGGAUACUCAAGCGAAACGACCAGCCAUCGCGCAGCAGUAUCGACAGCAGCGAACAGAUCAUCAUCGGAACUGCCAACGGAGAUCUACAGCUUGUAGAAGUGCCGCCUGUAGAGGACAGCAGUGUCAUCAAGACUUAUUAUGUCACGAAUGGCGUUUCGGUGCGAUCAGCAUCAUUGUCGACAGAUGUUGAAGCUACUCAGGACCAACCUCAGCAUUUGGCGGCUAACCUAUCAGAUUCGCGGAUUGCUCUGUAUCAAGUAGACCCCGCUCAGUUCAAGAUUGCGCCAGUCAGCGAGAUCAAUGCCAUGCCACAGCGCCAUAAGGGUUGUCGCAUCUGGUCAACAAAGUUCCUAGACUCAAGCCGCCUGGCUGUCGGCUUAGGGCCAUCCGUGGAACCUAUCAACAUCUUCGAGAUACGUCCCGAGGGUAUUGUCGAGGAACAUAUGAGAAAGAUAGGUCUGACUGGGAGUGCGGAUGAGUUGGACCAGGUCAAAGCCUCCUCGAUAUAUCCAAUCGAGCCUUUGCUGGACAGCAAUGGAGGCAGAAACGGGAAUUUGUUCCUCAGCGGUGGCUACGAUGGCAUUGUGAGACUGCACGAUAUGCGUUCACCAUCGCCCUUCACUGCUAUCUACCAUGAUCCUACAGAUGACGCCGCCAUCUACUCUCUUCUUUCUCGAGGCAGAGAUCGUGUUGUAGCUGGUGCUUCACGUCACGGGUUGCUCAAGGUGUUUGAUCUUCGAAUAUCAGGAGGCAGCGUGUACGAUUAUGCUGGAGUAUCGGACACAAACGACUCAUCCACUGGAGACUGGAACAUCUUCAUCAACCCUCGCGAUAGAUACGUCAACUCGGCUUGGAGAGGACCAAACAGCUGGAUGCGCCGAAGUGCCGAAGGUUCUGUCUACAACCUGUCAUCGCCAUCACCAACCUCCCCAUUCAUCUUUGCAGGAGUGGAGAACGCCGUUGUUGAGUUCAACUUCUCCUCCGUGCUCGACAAGCACCCAGAUCCAAUCUUUCUCGGCAGCUCCGUCGGGAAGAAGGAUAGACGGGACAGUGUUUCUUCUUAUCUCCAGCACAAGCAAGAUAUCCUCAAUCUGGCCAUGUAUUCCCAGGGCACAGACGGCUCGAGAGAAGCCAUGAAAUUACGUACUCAACGCAGUGUUGAGGAGACGCUCGGUCAGGAUAUCAAUCCUGCUGGCCUAGAUGAGCGUUGGAAGGAGAACCAAUAG